UGGAUAUGAGGAGGGCAUCGGUGUGUUGAGUGCUUGAGUGCAGCAGAAUCAAAUAAUUGGGUAAAUUCGUGCGAGGGGAGGAUGCUAGCACUUCAUUCUGUCUUCCUCCUCGCAUCCAGGGGAAAAAAUGACGUCACAUGACUGUGUCGGUGGGGGAGGGGAGGCUCGCUGCACUCUCGCCUCCUGCAACUGAAUGUGUCACACCGUCGAGGGACAGGAAGCGCCACUUGGGCCUUUCAAUGCACUUCCAUGCACAUAUCAUUCCUGCCUUGUGAACCGCGCAGAUUUGUGUCUCCUCACAAAUGAAUCCAUCACGGCCCCGUUCACAUCCUAAACGCUGGGAGUUGUGCGAGGCCGCCAGGUGUGUCGAAGACCGGUAAGCAAGGCCCAAUGAGGGACCGCCAGGUGAGGUCCAAAUUCCAGCAGGGAAAGGAAGAUGGGAGAUAUGAAGACACCAGACUUUGACGACCUCCUGGCGGCCUUCGACAUCCCCGACAUGGUGGAUCCCAAAGCUGCAAUUGAAUCCGGCCAACAAGAUGACCACGACGACAAACUCAAGCAAGCCAAGUGUGGCUCAACCAGCAAUGAAGAUGUUGGCGUAAGUGUCAUCGUCAAGAAUAUUCGGAAUGCAGACGCAAGUCAGCAUGUUGGAAGCCUGCUAGAAAAGGAUUUGCAGUUCCAUUCCCAACCUCAUUCGAUAAAAAUUGGCAAUAAACUUCAAAAUGGCUUCUCGACUUCCACGACAAUGGGUGUGCAUUGCACCAAAAAUGGAUGGAAUUUUUCCGAGGUGGAAGGACACGCGGAAUGUAAGCCGUCGUCACCCUGCAAUCAGUUCAGUCCCAUCUCCAGUGCGGAAGAGUUUGAGGAGGACAACGCUGAAGGAAGGGAUCCGACUAUCAAGAAUGCUGGACAUUCACUUCACAAAUCCACAACCAAGAAAGAGAGACCGCACUCUAAAUAUCCCGCAUCUAUGGAUAAAGUUUCCAAGUCCAAAAAUAAGGACUUAAAUCAAGACCAUAAUAAUAAUCAAAAUAUCAGUCUGGAAGGUUCUGCGUCCAACAACGGCACUCAACUGUCUUUGUUUCAAGAAGAGGAAACUCCUCACUUUAUACGUAACAAGGAGAAUAAUGGUCAAACAUCCCAAAUCCAGUCAAAGACGUCCGCAAAACUUUCCUCUUGUAUUGCAGCCAUUGCGGCUCUGAGCGCUAAAAAGGAACAAAAUACAAACUUUAUUCGAGAUUCUCCGAUGACACCGAUGGACUCAAACCGAGACAAUGAAAAUUCCAGAACUCCGGGGAAGAAACGCGAGCCGGAAUCAGCAUUGGAGUUGGCAAAGCGCUUGCUAUCAGGACCGCCAGAUAGUCCCGCGAGUGUCAAUAGUGAGACUAGCGGUACGGACACCACACCGGUCAUUCCUAAAGUCAGGAUAAAAACAAUCAAGACUUCGUCUGGACAGAUCAAGCACACAGUGACACGAGUCAUUCCAGACUUGGAUCUUGGCAGAGUGAACACAGGAGACAACUUUGGAAAUGGCAUAACGGUAAAGGCUACUACUGGUGCGUUUAUUUCAUCUCCCGCGACGACAGUCGUUGCAACCUGUGGUGGACCAUCGAUUGAAAUCACGAAGCAGAUGACCAUCAAACCAGUAGCAACGGCCUUCCUGCCCGUCUCGGCUGUCAAGACGGCGGGUUCCCAGGUCAUUAACCUGAAGCUGUCCAAUAACACCACCGUCAAAGCAACCGUCAUUCCGGCCGCCUCGGUACAAGGUGCCAGCAGUGCCAUCCUUAAAGCGGCAAGCGCCAUACAACAACAGACCGUCAUGGUCCCCGCUUCCAGUCUGGCGAAUGCCAAACUUGUACCAAAGGCAGUCCAUUUUAGCAAUCUCAAUCUUCUCUCUAAGAACGUGUCCUCUGCUGCCAGCGAGCUCCAAAAAGGAACGUCGUCCUCCAGGCAAUCCCAACAACAGCAGCAGCCACUUCUCACCGGCCAGUCUUCGAAGAAGCUCUCCAGGGUUCAAGUCUUCAGCAGCUCUCAAAGCUCCGUCGUCGACGCUUUUAAUAAGGUUUUGAGUAGCGUAAAUCCCAUUCCCGUGUACGUCCCAAACCUCUCUCCGCCGACCUCAGCCUGCAUUUCGCUUCCCACUCGGGGCUACAAGUGCCUAGAGUGCGGCGAUUCUUUCGCUCUCGAAAAGAGCCUGACCCAACACUACGAACGUCGCAGCGUGCGGAUUGAGGUGACCUGCAACCACUGCUCAAAAAGUCUCGUCUUUUACAACAAAUGCAGUCUGCUCUCUCAUGCUAGGGGCCACAAGGACAAAGGGGUGGUCAUGCAGUGCUCACACCUAAUCUUAAAACCGAUCCCUGCAGACCAGAUGAUAACGGCAUCGCCCUUUUCUGGACCACCCACUGUCACAGACAUCAUCUCCUCCGCCCCUGACGCGCAGGCCUUACCCGUUCAAACCACGGGGAAAGGUCCAAGUGGCGGGUCACAAAGUGCAGUGAGUUCAAUGGCCAACAGUUCUCCUCUCGAGGCAGCCGUGCCCUUAGAGGAGGACGCAUCAAAGCUCUGCAGGCACAGCCUCAAGUGUUUGGAAUGUCACGAAACGUUCCAGGACGACAGCUCACUCGCGACGCAUUAUCAACACGUCCUGGAGACCGGUGGGCAGAAAACUUGCGCCGUCUGCCAAAUGCUUCUCCCAAACCAUUGCAGUUUUCUAUCCCAUCAACGAAUCCACCAGCACAAGUCCCCAUACGUUUGUCCAGAAUGUGGCGCCAGCUGUCGUUCUGUCCACUUCCAGUCCCACGUCACAAAGAACUGCCUGCACUACGCCCGUAGAGUCGGAUACCGCUGCAUCCACUGUAGUGUGAUUUUUGCCGAUGUCGCAACCCUGAAGUCGCACAUCCAGACGACACACUGUGAGAUCUUCUAUAAAUGUCCACUUUGUCCCAUGGCCUUCAAGUCGGCGCCGGCAACUCACUCGCAUGGGUACACGCAGCAUCCCGGACUGAAGGCGGGCGAGCCAAAGCUUAUAUACAAGUGUUCCAUGUGUGACACUGUGUUCACGCUGCAGUCUCUGCUCUGCUCACACUUUGACCAGCAUGUUGCGAAUCAUAAAGUUCCAGUCUUCAAAUGUCCCGACUGCUCCAUGCACUAUGCACAAAAACAGCUCAUGAUGGACCACAUCAAGGCCAUCCAUGGAACUUUGAAGACCACUGAUGCACCGCCAACGUUGGGGCUCAACUUCCCCCUCAGCACCAAGCCUACAAAUUCAAACAACACCAACAAUGGCCCCAGUAACAAAAACGAUGGCGGAAAGGCCAAUGGUCAAAGAAAGGGUGUAAAUAAAGCUGCAUCUUCAUCACCAAAAACCCGCACCAAAAACAGCUCAGGCGAGCUAAAGAACCGCAAUGGGUCAGCGUAUACGUGCGGAGAAUGCGACACCGUCAUCACUUCCAGGGAGGUCUUUGUGGCUCACAUGAAGCGAGAACACGGCAAGAUAUUGAAGAAGCACCCGUGCCGACAGUGCGAGAAAUCCUUCAGUUCUCCGCACAGUCUUUGUCGACAUGACCGCCUCAAACACAAGGGAGUGCGCAAAGUCUACACUUGUCCGCAUUGCCCAACGCUCAGUCAGCCGUUCACGAAGAGAGUGCUGCUGGAUCAGCACAUUCAGUUGAUGCAUGGUACCACAGAGGAGAAGACGGCAACCUCCGAUACCAGGGAUGAUUUGUCGGAGAAGAAACCGACUGGCAGCCCCAAGAGAAAGAAUGAAGAUGACGAGUCCCCGGCGGGGUUAAACCCCAGGAGCGUGGAUUCGCAGCCGUUGAAGAGGCUCAAGGUGAACAUCCCCAAAGUUCACAGGUGCGCCGUCUGCGGCUUCACCACCGAGGACGUGGCCGCCUUCCACAAGCACAUCCCCCAGCACAAGUCGGACGGCUCGUCCUACCAGUGCCAGGAGUGCGGCCUGUGCUACACCUCGCCCCGCUCCAAGGCCCGGCACCUCUUCAUUGUACAUCGGCUAAAGGAGCAAGGUCUCCACCGAUUCAGGGGUCAGGAUGACGACGAGAGCCAGAGGGAGAACCAACUGAACGUUACGGCCGACGGCGACGACGGCACGCCAAACACCAAAUGCAAAGUGUGCGGGAAACAGUUUGAGACGGAGGGGAAGCUGAACACCCACAUGAGGACCCACGGCAUGGCGUUCAUCAAGGCCAAAAGACUCAGUUUGGCUGAGAAAUGAGAUGAGUCAAGUACAAUUUGAACGUUUCAACGGACAGAGUCCUACUAUAUGUACAAAAUGCCGCAGUACACAGCACAUGUAAAAUACAGUAUCUGAGAGUCAUUCUUUGUUUUUAAUAAAGCAACAUAGUUUUUGUACUUCAUGUUUCUAAAGACUUGAUUUUUUUUGUUUGUUUUUAUAGAAGAGCAUUUUAUAUGGUUUGCACUGUUGCACUACAUAACCUAUGGCUGUAGUAUGAUUGCCAUUGUCAAAUUCUCCGCAUAAACAUUUUUUUUUUUUUUUUAAAGGUCAUAUUUUCUAAGCCUUUUGGCACAUUGUCUACGCAAAUGAGUUUUAUGGAGAAUUCAGUUUUUUUGUACCUUUUUUUUUUUUUGACUGGUCCCCUUUAAACAACACCGCCAUUUUGCGCUGUUAUUUUUACUGAACUUUAUUCGACAAGAAAAUACAUUCAGUGACAAUAACACCCCCUCUGUGCGUCAAAAAUCGAUUUUCUUUUUCAAUAGGCCGACUUCUGUAUGAGCGGACAUUCAGUCAUCAUUACUCUUGUUCAUUGGAGAAUGUAAACGUGGCUGUUAGACUGAGAAAAAAAAAAAACAAAGCUUUGAAUUGUCAAUGUAACAGCCACACAUCAAUAAGCUGUAGGAUAGAAGGGAAGCUACUUUUUGGACAAGACGACUUUAGUCUCUCGCUGUGAACCCGCAUGUGAGAAGCGGUCUGUGAAUUGUUCAUUCGAAUGUUGUCUUGGUGCUGCUACUGUUGCUGCUGUUUUUUAUUUGAUUUGAUUAGAAAGCUUAUAUGCUUGCACUGGUCUUUAUGUCAAUAAAAGGUGAAAGCAAAG